AGCCAAUUGUGUAGCUUUGUGCUAAAAGAAACAAACCAAAAUCGUUUAUUGCGAUUUUGUAUAAACUUUAAAUUUUCCGAAGGUGUAACGUCGAUGAAUCAUAUGCGGUGACGUUGCAAAGUCCCACCCUCAUCUGUUCGCUCAUACAAAUAUGGCGCCUACAGGCGAGAGAACGAUAGAUUAUUUUCAGAUAGAUGAAUCUAAAAAUGAAACCGAAGGCGAAAGUGUUUGGUCAACAAUCUUGAGCCAAGUUCAUGCCAGUUCACCAAACAAGCUACCCUCGUGUAAACUUCUUUUAACUUUAGGGGAUGAUGAAUCGGGGAAAACUUCACUGAUUGCUAAACUGCAAGGGAAUGAAGACCCAAAAAAGGGCUCAGGACUAGAAUAUUAUUAUAUUUUUAUUAGGGAUGAAUACAGGGAUGAUCACACACGUCUUGGAGUGUGGGUUCUUGACGGAGACUCGUGGCACAGGAAUCUCCUCAAGUAUGUUGUGAAUGAAAACACUUUCCCCCACACCACAGUUCUCCUGACAGUAUCUAUGACUCAGCCAUGGAUUAUGAUGGAGUCUUUGGAGAACUGGACUGCAAUCUUAGAAGAAAACCUCGAUAGGCUAAAUCUAGACCCUGAGUUUUUGGAAGAACAAAAACGAAAAUCCCUAAAACGAUUCCAAGAAUAUAUUGAACCAGGAGAUGUAGUAGACAGUAUAACAUCUUUAAAAAAAGGAACAGGACCUGAACAAGAUACCAUAAAUUUACCAUUAGAUGAAAAUGUACUAACCCACAACCUUGGAGUUGAUGUAAUUGUAGUUGUUACCAAAACUGACUAUAUGUCCAUCCUAGAAAAAGACUAUGACUACAAAGAUGAACAUUUUGAUUUUAUUCAACAAGCACUGAGAAAGUUUUGUUUGCGAUGUAUCCUUUUAUGUCUGUAUAUAUAUAUAUUUCUUCUAAUACAAUGGAUUCUCAAAUUGUGCCCAUCUGGGUGGGAUAACAACAACAAAAUUUCCAUUUUAUACGAAAACAUCACGUCAGUUAGUCCCGAUAGUCGAUACUCAGAUGUAAUCAUUAAGCCAAUUAUUCGAAAGCCAAUUCAACGAGAAAUGGAAGUUACAACUGAAGAUGAUCAGACAUUUCUAGUAAAACAGCAGGCUCUUCUUAGCCAACAAGUGCCAACCAGUGGUAGACCUCCAGAGCCAGCUAUUAGAAGCCCAGCAGGAGUACAGAAGACAUCAGACAGAAGGUUAUCUGGUUCUCCAAUUGGGCAGGGUUCACCAAAAACGCUUGAUGGAGCCAAAGCAGCUGCUGGAAAUGAAGGAGUUUUACAAAACUUUUUUAACAGCCUACUGAGCAGAAAGACUGGGCCUGGAUCAGGGUCACCUGUGUCACCUCGAACUUCAGAUAAAUCAGCAGUUAGGAAUGAUGCUGCUGCAGAAUUAGAUCGCAUGACAAGAACCAAAGUGCCCUUGGCUCCAAACCCUUCAACACCUAAUUCAACCGAGGCUGGGUCUUCUUCAGGGUCACAGUCAUAAAUUCAAAUCUAAUUCAGUUCUUUGGAGUAUGUGGCAGCUUUUGAGUCAUUGUGAAAGUGUUUAUUUCUACUAAAAGCGUACUUUAUUGAACAUAACUAUUAAAAAAAAGGAAAGAGGUGAGAGCAGCUGGUGUAUUUUUAUGGAGAAUGGUGCUUUCCCUCUGUAUUGAAAUAUAUUUGUACUCUUUCCAUGAGAACAAUUCCAAGAAAAAAAAUUGAAAUGGUGAAAUUUGCAAACAAAAUAAAAAUGUAGACAACCAUUAUGGACUUUUAUAUUCAUUUGUUAUUAAAUGUGGACUCUUCCCAGUGUAUUUAGAAUGCAAAAUAGAAAAACACCUAAGCCUAAUAAUUUAACAUCUCUUACGUUAUUGUUUAGAAAAAAAGUGUAUAAAGAAAAAUAUAUAUAUAUAUAUAUAGUCAUGGCUAUUAUUCUGUGGUCAUUUUCAGUUACUUUUAGCUGAUAUUUUGUAUGAUUGAGACUUAACUUGGGAAUUUAAAAAUAAACUUCAGGAACCUUUUAGUGAUAAAGCAGCUUACAAUCACUUGAAGUGCAUACAGUGGUAAUUUACUCCAGUUUGUAGUACUUAAUAAGAGUGUGGAUUUAUAUGAUCUAGCAUCUCCAGCAUAUUAAAUUACAGGCAUAAGUUUAGAUAAACCAAUUUUUUAUGAUAAUGUAUAAAAGAUUUUCUGUGAAAUAUAACAUUAGUACCUCUAAUUACUGUUUCUUUUGUAAAAAAACUUUUCUAUUUCAACUAAAAGGUAUGGAACAGAUUUGAAUUUUUAUUAUAUAAUAAAAAAUAUUUUUCUAUUGAGAAAGAAAUUUUUAAAGCAAAUGGAAAGGCAUUUAAUUUUGAAUUAUCAAUAAUUUCUUUUCUGGUUCUUUUUAUUCAAAGGGUUGUAAAAAAUCAAAGUGUAAUUUGUAUAUUUCAGUAUGAGACAAUACAAUACAUAAUUUUGAUAGAGUGUUCUAAUGAUUGAACUGUGUACUGUAAGAUUUAUCUGAAUAACUUGCACAGUUGAGGAAAAUUCAGGUUAAAUACUCUUGUUGUCUUCACGGUUCUGUAGAUCACUGUGAUUUUGUUAUUUGAUUCUUAGGGUUCUGUUGAUAUAUGUAUUAUUGCGGGAUGUUUUAAUGUCUUGUAAUCCGAUUUCACUGUGAUAUCUUUAAUUCUCACUGUUCUUCAGUAUUAGUGUAAUGGCUAUCAGUUCAAACAGUCAGCAUGGCUUCAAAUUAUGUUGUAAAAUUAUAGCCACCCUGUUUUCUUUUGCAAUGACUAUUAACUGAGUUGCAUAUUUUCGAGUUAUGGUAUUAGUUUAUGUAAUAGUGAGCCAACCUUAACAAGUAGAGGUCUGAAAGUUAUUGUAUUUCAAACAUCAGUUAACCAGUUUGACAAAUGUGAAAGUUAAGCUCCCUGUACUUUCUUAAACUAAAAGCAUAAAAGUGUUAAUAUAAAUCAAUCUAUUAAUCAACAUUAGCCUCGUUUGUUUGUAAAAUUUUUAAAAAGUGUGAAAAAGCAAAAUUUGUAUGUAAUCUACAUGCUUUGUUUAAAAGAAAAUGUAAUUACUGUCAUUCCUCUUAACUAUAGUAGUAGUAGCUGUUAUAUGCUAGGAUGCAGUGUUGACUCAAUGAAUUUUGAUUAUUUAAUAAAUAGUUCUGCUUGAGGGUGUCUGAAUUGUCUAAAAAUUGGAGCUGAUAUUUUAUCAAAUUUUCCUGAAAGUUAAUUUUUAGAAAUCAAGAAUUGAAGGCUUAGUGUUUCCUAUAUUUGUUAAUGGUUUCAAAUUCUUGACAAGUAAUUUGUUUUCAGCUGCGAUUGGAAGAAAUUGUUCAACAAAAGUAAUUUGUCUGUAAAUUUUUUAUUACUAAUUAAACUCGGUGUUGUUGUAUUA